AGUGAGCAUCCCCUGUGUCAAGUGAGGGAGAACCGCACCACCAGCACAGGAAGCUGCUGCACCUCUCCACAGAAUCUCUAUUACCCUCUUUAUUUCCUGUUUUUAUUUUAUAUUUAUUGUUCUGUUGCCCAUUCACAGUCUUUAUUAUUCAUCUGUGUGUUUUUUGCACGUUGUGCACUAAGAUAAAGGAUGAACUUUCUACGCAGGAGGCUGUCGGACAGCAGCUUCAUAGCCAACCUUCCCAAUGGGUACAUGACUGACCUGCAGCGGCCAGAGCCCCAGCAGCCACCGCCCCCUGCAGCCCCAGCCACACAGCAGCCCCCGGCAUCCCCGGCUCCAGAGAGGAGGCAAUCCAGCCAGAUGUCAGCGGCCAGCGGAUUCUUCAGCUCCAUCACUAACGCUGUGAAGCAGACAGCGGCCUCCGCCGGGUUAGUGGAGCAGAGUGCGGGAAGUGGCGGCACCGCGGUCAGGAAGGUCAAACACUUGCUGGUUAUCGAGGAGCCUCACACCGACUGGUCAAAAUGUUUUCGUGGAAAGAAGGUGCACGGGGAAUAUGAAAUAAAAAUUGAACAGGCUGAAUUUUCGGAAAUUAACCUUGUAGCUCACGCUGAUGGUACAUUUGCUGUAGAUCUGCAAACCUUCAGAAACGGAGCACAAGUAGUCAGGUCAUUCAGGCCUGAUUUUGUCCUUAUUCGACAACAUUCCUUUAGCAUGGCCGAAAAUGAAGACUUCCGCAACCUUAUCAUUGGCAUGCAGUAUGCUGGGAUACCUAGUGUCAAUUCUUUAGAAUCUAUUUAUAACUUCUGUGACAAGCCAUGGGUGUUUGCUCAACUUAUAUGUACCUAUAAAAUGAUGGGUGCUGAAAAAUUCCCAUUGAUUGAUCAGACUUACUACCCAAACCACAAGGAAAUGCUGGCAAUGCCAACGUUUCCUGUUGUUGUGAAGAUCGGGCACGCUCACUCUGGCAUGGGAAAGGUUAAAGUAGAAAACCACUAUGAUUUCCAAGACAUUGCCAGCGUUGUUGCGUUGACACAGACGUACGCCACCACGGAACCGUUCAUAGACUCUAAAUAUGACAUCAGGAUUCAGAAGAUCGGAAAUAACUACAAGGCAUAUAUGAGGACAUCCAUAUCGGGUAACUGGAAGACUAACACAGGUUCUGCAAUGUUAGAACAAGUUGCAAUGACAGAAAAGUAUAAAUUAUGGGUUGACACCUGUUCAGAAAUGUUUGGCGGUCUGGACAUUUGUGCUGUAAAGGUUGUUCAUGGAAAAGAUGGAAAGGAUUAUAUUAUUGAGGUUAUGGACUGUACAAUGCCAGUAAUUGGUGAUCAUCAAGUGGAAGACAGGCAACUCAUAGCUGAGCUUGUGAUAAACAAGAUGAAUCAGACAUUGUCCAAAACGCUUAUUCCCUCCCCUGUAAGACCAUCUGCAACUCAACAGCCUCAACAGGGUGGAGCACUCAAGGACUUAGAAGCCAGCAAGAUGCCCCCUCAGCGGCCACCUCCUCAAGGUUGUUUACAGUACAUUCUCGACUGUAAUGGCGUUGCAGUAGGACCAAAACAAGUCCAGGCUGUCUGAAUUGCUGUUGACAAAGGGUUAUAGCCAAAAAAAAUAAUAAUAAUUCAAAUAAACCUACUGGUUUUGUGCAGUUUUUGCCAUGUUUCAGUGCUGACCUGGACUGUGUUUUUCUAUGCAGUGUCGAUUAUUCUUGUCUAUCUGUUCUUGUCCGUGUUCUUUAUUCUACAAAUUUUCUGUUUACCUUGUGAUUCAAAGCUAAUGUUGAGUAUCCACAAAUUUGUGCCUCUUUUAAAUCAGAAUUUGACUGUUUAUCAUGGAUGAGUAGAUAUUAUUUUUAAGUAUUGUGUAGCAACAACAAAAAUUCGAAAUUCAACACUUUGGCUUGAAACUGAGUGUGUGUGGUUCCGUGACUUAUACAAUAUACUAUGUUUUGCAUGUUAUAAAACAAACAAGCCAUUUUGAUUUUUAAAUUAUAAUAGAUUUUUUGAUUUGCUAAAUUUUGAAAACGUUUUCUUUUUUAUAUUUAUAUAUUUUUUGAAAUAUUGGCAGUUGUGUUUGCAAGCAUGGAUAGAACCAGUAAACAUGCAUUUUAGUACCGUAUUUUCUGUAACAUCUUAAACACCCGAAUGGUAAUCUAAAAAAGAUUGCAUUGGAAUUUAAUAGUAGAAGUUUUUACUGUAUAUUUUCACAAUCUUACAUAAAAGUAAUGUUCACCAAA